AUGGAAAUCUCCAACGGAAUUCCCGAAUACGGUUUUGAUCCGACUCCCGGAUACAGGCUCUGGAAUAGUGUUGAUGGCAACGUGGACUUGGCAAUCAGCCGUGUUCCAAACGUCGGGAACAGUUCAAAGUCCACAGCAAAGUCGUCAAACGUGUCUGUUUGGAACGUGAUGGACUUCUCGUUGUCCAGCACAGGAAGUAGCAGGUUUCUCGGAAUCAGAUCGUUCUUAUCGCAACUGAUAGUGAUUCGUCCAGGAAUAGAGGUCAGGAACGUGUCAGGGUUGAGUUUGAUGGAGUUUCUGCUGGUGUAG